CGGUAGCCAAUCCGGAGCGGCCACCGUGUGUUUGGAAACAACAUUCCGCUUCUGAAGUCCGGAGCGACGCUAGCGGACGCUUCCAGAUCCGACUGACCGAGCGGGCAGCAGCAGCUUCUGUUUAGGCGGAAAAGGCCCUCUUCCGGCUGUCUUUCGUAGCAGUGAGCGGGUCACGGACAAGUUUCCUUUUCUGCCGAGUAUCAGCCCGAGCUCGAGACGACAGACAGCAAAAAUGGACGUGGAGGAUUCUCAACAAAAGACAAUCACUCUUCUCAUAAAGACGCCCAACCAGGCUCAGGAGGACCGGACCAUCGAAGGCGUGUCCGUGGAGUGGACCAUAAAGGACCUGAAAGCGCAUCUGUCCGCCGUCUACCCGACCAAACCGGCUGUGAGUGACCAGAGGCUGAUCUACGCUGGUAAACUGCUGCCUGAUCACGUGCACAUUAAAGGUCUCUUCAGACAGAUGGACUGCAUUCCCACAGUGCACCUGGUGUGUGCUUUUAGGAAUCCAGCCCAGGGACCACUGGGAGCCAGACCCAAGGUCAGAGAGGCACAACAGUCCCACCCCUCCGGUCCACAGCCCAUCCCAGCCCCGACUCCCAGCCCACCGGAGCUGAGGCAGAGGAGGCCGACCUCUUCAGCUCCAGCCCACACACAGACUCCAGCGUCUCCUCCACAGACACCUGUGUGGCCUCCUGCUGCUGCCGCUGCCAUGGCUGCAGCACCUCAGAUGGCCCAGCCAACCUUUCCCACCUACUCCCUGUACAGCCCUCAGCAGCUGCUGUGGCUCCAGCAUGUCUACGCUCGACAGUAUUACAUGCAAUACCACGCAGCUUUAGCAGCAGCAGGCAGCGUUCCCACAACAGCUCCAAGCAUUGGCCAGUACCCUCCUGUCCCCGCCCACCAAGUACCUGUCCCCGCCCCGUUAGCUGAUCAGAAUCCCAUCAACAACCUGCCGGCCAAUCAGAACCCAGCGCAGGACGGCGCUUUCAUCAACCCCGGGGAGGCCAACCAGAACAUGCGGAUGAACGCGCAGGGCGGGGCCGUCGUGGAGGACGAGGAGGGCGUGGAGCGCGAUUGGCUGGACUGGUUGUACUCUGCCGCAAGAUUGGGCGUCCUGCUCACGAUCGUGUACUUCAACUCCAACCUGAGCCGCUUUCUGCUGGUGAUGAGCACCCUGCUCCUCAUGUACCUACACACUGUGGGCUGGUUUCCCUUCAGAAGGCGGGUGCAGGUCCAAGAACCCAACCAUCUGCAGCCCCAGGAGAACCAGAACAGGAACCCGAACCUGAAUCCAGCCGGCGAGGACCCCGCAGCUGAAGGAUCGGAGGCAGUGAUGACGGCGGUGUUGGUGCCUCCUCACCGUGUGUCGCUCAUGUGGACGGUCUGGGUUUUCUUCAAAACCUUCUUCUCCUCCCUGAUACCGGAGGUCACUCAGGCUCUGGCCAACUGAACAUCAGUGGCAGAGAACGGAUGGAGACAGCAGACCUCCCCCCACUCCUGUCACCUGUUUCUCGACGCGUGGGUGGAAGCUUCUACUGAUGGAUAAAUGAGAGCAGACGGCACAGACCUCAGGGCUCCCACCUCCUGAUCUUUCAUGUGAGCGGGAAGCAAAAAAAACACACCAGCAAAAAUGUUAAGAACUGCCAAAAAAUGUGGACAAAGAACUGAAAACAUUGUAACAAUAAAUCCUCCAGCAGGACCCCAGCUCACCUGACCACAUACGUCUACUGCCUGCCCCCCCAAAUCCUCAUCUUUCUCUCUUUGUAUCCAUGAAGCAACACAAGGUGGCAGCAGAGGGUGACUGUGGUCACGGCACAGCCGGCUCCCAGAAUCAGGAUUCUGAUAAUCCAGGGAUGCGGGGUUGGUUCCGGGCUCAGACUCUGAACAGACGAUGGAAGAAAUGCCUGAAAGUUUGCCUCUUUUAGAAAAGUGUAAUUUCUCAUAAAAGUCAAUCAGGUGGCUCGAAAUGAUGAAAAAUGUAAAAGAUUCUUUUUUUAUUCAUAUAUAUUUUGGGGCCCUUAUCCGUACAGUUAUUAUAGUCAGUCAGAAACAAGCUGGAAAACUGUCCAAAAAUCUAAAUUAACAAAACUGAUAAUGACGCUUUACUCCUCGUAUUAUUUCGGGGGCUUUUCCUUUCUUGUGACCAAAUACAGUUGAAAUUAAUCUGUAGAAUAGUGAUGAUGGUGUGGUUUAAAAAUGUAUUGUAUGUACACAAAGCACUUUACAACAUGUAUCUUAUGCAAGCUUCUUAGCGUAACGAGGGCUGUGCUUCAUAUUCCUGCUGAGAGGGCUCAUCGUUGCUUUUUAUUUUCAGAGGAUUAAGUUUGAAUUUGAAUCUGCGUCCAAGCGAAAACCUUUUAAGGUGAAAAAUUGAGGCAGCUGAACGGCGUUCCUGCUGAUUACGUCUCACCGUACGGAGCGGAUCACGCCGUCGCCACGGCGACUCAGAUCCUGAUGAUUGGGACUCGAGUCCUGAUGCGUUCGGAGUUAAUCACCUGCAUGCUCUUUGGUCUGCAGCAGAGAAUAAGAGGAUUUUAAUAUCAUAACGGUGCCUCUGAAAAGAAGCAGCUUUUAGUAAAGAGGUUAAAGGUCACACUGCUUCCUGUAAUUCGGCUGUUAGCGCUCAGAUUCCCUUUGAGGGAACGACAGUAGCUUGUGGCGUUGGUCACAGUAUGAUUGAAAUGUAAUUUUUUUCAUGUGUUUCCAUUAGAAAUGGAUGGAUGCUGUUCAUUGAAGUAUUUUCAAUAAUGGAUGCAAUAAACAUUAACUU